UAUGUUGCUCAUCCUAAACCUACAAAUCCACCAUGUUUAAGGCCCAUCCAUCUGUACCUCUCUUAGAAGCACUCUAUCCAUCAUCACUUCACAUGCCACACGCGCACACACACACACACACACACACACACACACACACCCACACACACACACAAAUAUAUAGAGAGGGAGCAAUGCAGAGCAGCUGUAUCUAAGUUUAGCCUCCAUCAGGUCAGAGUGCAAUGAUAACAUCCACACGGGACGAUCUGACUUUGUGUGGGAACAAAAGAAACGUGAUGCAAAGAGGCGUGAUGUUUGUUUCCAUGUUCAAGUGCAAUGAAAACGCACACUUAGAAUGUGGGCAGAAGCACACACACACACUCAUCUGUGCAGGCGGCAUGCAUCUAUUCAGAGACAAUAAUCAUAAAUCACAGACAAAUGUAAAUGGCAGAGAAGGCUGGAGAGCUUGUAAGUGCGCCACGAGACCAAGUUUGAAUGCAGAUGACUUGUGUUGUGUACGACUGCGCAUCAGGCGGACAGUAGCAAAAACACACACGGCUUUAAUGAGCUCCCCAUUAAUCAAACGCCCAUAAACACACUGAAACCCGAUAAAGGAACUCUACGGCUGCACCAAAAUUAGCGCAAGGGCUUUGCAACCCUUGUCGACAUCUUGGCAAAUAGGAAAAAUGUUUCAUGCCUGUUUCAAGCCGAGCCAGAGUCCGACCAUGUCAGUGGUUUCUAUUCCUGUCACCAUGGCGAUGAGAGCACAGAUAAGUGCCUUGGCCACGGCGCCCUUGGACUCAAGACGGGCAACUGUAUUUACCAAUGAGUUCAUCCACGGGGAUAGACACUAAACCCUGCCAGGCUGCCUCUGUGAAUGUGUGUGUGUGUGUGUCUGUGUGUGUGGUAUUUGGGUGAUACUCCCAGCCCGGGCGUAGACCAAAGGGCAGCAGACAAAAAGCACAGGAUCACAUUCAAAACAUCACAAAUCAGACAGGAGGUGGUUGGGUGGGUCUGUUUUUGAGGUAGUCAUCAGCUGACCUUUCACUGACUAUUUGGUAUGCAUCCCGCUACCAUCAGAAGAAGACAAUAAUACGGAAGGAUUGAUUGUUUUUUUUUUGGUGGGAUGGAUAGCUACUCUAUCCUCUACAGCUCGUCCCACAGGACAGGGCUGCUCGCCCGAUUUCAGCGUCUGCGCUCGGCCGGGAGGAUGUGCGACGUGGUGCUGGAGACCGAAGGCGCCUCAUUCCCGUGCCACCGGGCCCUUCUGGCCAGCUCCAGUGAUUAUUUUUGGGCUCUCUUCGGGGAGGCCACAGCGGAGAGAUUAGCGUGCCGCGUCAAGCUCCCGGCGCUAACACCUGUAGGCUUAGACGUCGUCUUGGACUUCCUGUACUCCGGCUGGCUCAGGGUGUGCGUCAGAACACUUCCUGAUGUUCUGGAGGCGGUGAGGUACCUGCAAGUGGACACGGCUGUUUCCAUAUGCGAACGCUACAUCACGGACAACCUCAGCGCGGAGAACUGCUGCUGCUAUGCUAACUUAGCAGAACGCCACGCACUUUCUGACGUGUUGGAAGCCGCCAACUUCACCAUCGCCACAGAGAUGGCCACUCUGCUGCGGGAAAGACGGGACGAUCUUCUGGGCUUGAACAUCCAAUCACUGAUGGUGGUGUUGGAGGCCAAAGAAAUUCCGACGGUCAAGGAGGUGGAGCUGGUCAAGCUAGCGCUGGAUUGGUUGGGUGAGAACGGGCCCCUCCCACUGCUCCAAUCCAACCUGCUGCUAAGCCGACUGCGCUUCGGCUUGGUUGCUCCCGUGGAUCUCGCACGCCUCAGCCACGCCAUCAAACCCAUGGGCACACCUCUGAUAAGGAGCCAGGUGACGAGAGCACUGGAGUACCACAGAACAGGUUCGGCAAGGCCAAUCCGGCAGAACAAGCAGUCUACGCUCAGGGCAACCAAUCGCGUACUACUGGUCGGCGGUUGCUCGAGUCCGGAUUGUCCGGAGCAGCAGGUGUUGACGUUUAACCUGAAAACCAGGACCUUUGCACCCCUGACUUCCUGCCUGCCUCUGAGACUGAGAAAUCACUGCGUGUGCUCCUUGGGUGGUUUCCUCUUCGUGGUGGGUGGGGAAGUGGUGAGCGAGGCGGACAGGAAGCCGGUCGUUACGGAAACCUCAAACCAGGUGUGGAGGUACGACCCGCGCUUCGAGUGUUGGCAGCAGGUGGAGUCCAUGCUGCAGAGGAGGACCAAGUUCACCUGCUGCGCCACCGAUGACAGCAUCUACGCCAUCGGGGGGCAAAAAACACCCGCCGACAGCAACGCACCCGCCGCCACGCUGGCUUCCGUGGAGUUUUACGACUUGGAGGCAGGGGCGUGGAGGAGGGGAGCACCCAUGCCCGGGCCGCUCCACGGCCACGCUUGCGCCGUGCUCGAGCAGAACAUCUAUGUGUCGGGUGGUCUCUCAGACAACAGCGGCGCCCACUUGAUCCCGGGCCAGAGCCAGUGCAGAAGGGAAGUUCUGUGCUGGGACCACGUGGGAAGACUCUGGAAGAACGCAGCGCCCAUGUCCAUCGGGAGGUUCGGACAUCGUAUGGCGAGCGUCCACGGUUACAUCUACGCCCUCCUGGGAAUGUACGAGGCCUUCUCCGAUAUCGAGCGCUACGACCCGGGAGCGGACCACUGGACGCGCCUCAGGCCGCUGAUCACCGCCUCGUUCAGCUACGGGAUGGCGGCGAUGCCAACUGGGAGCGUCCUGGUGUUCGGUGGGAGGAAGUGGAGCGACGGGCAGGAGGUGGUGCUGAAGAGCGUGCUGGAGUACGAACCCAAGAAAGACCAGUGGAGGGAGAUCUGUCAGCUACCGAGACCCCUCACGGGAACAGAGUGCACGUUACUGCCGGUGCCUGAUUAAACAGCUGGUUCUGUGAUAUUUUAUGCACAUUUUGAUGCUAAUAUUAGGAGCUGGCUAUUUGAACUAAGCUCCUGUUGGUUUGUUGUCUCAGUCCGGAGUGAAGCUACUGUCGCUGGGAAUAAACUGUGCAAAUGUAGGCUGUUUUACCCUGAUUUUGAAGUGGCUGAAGAAGGCCACAAACACAUACCGAUAAUCAACUGGAUUUGAGCACUUUCCCUACCCUUCUGAUCAAAGUCAGAAAAGGCAUCACUAUUAGGUGUCUCUAAAAGACUAUCCUGUUGUGUGGGGCAUGUUAACAGUGAUGUAUAUGCCUACCAAAUAUCGAGGCAAAUCUGAGCAUUACCCUCGUUCCGAUCAAAGUCAGCAAAGGCCUGAUUAUCAGAUGUCUCGGAAAGAUUAUCCUGAGCAAUUAUCACGUUAUGAGAGAUUUUUCCUCCCAAAUCUGCUCAGAAAACGGUCAGGGCCGACAGUCGUAAAUAUCAAACCUGUUCAGUAUUUAUGACAGCAAAACCUUGUGUGAGUGGUCAACCCCGAGUUGGUCGAGCGACAAACUUGGUCAUUGUGAAGUGAAACGGAACGGCAGCCAAUCAGGAAGCGACCUGAAGCCCGUUCUACUGCCAGACACAAAUAGAGGCGCGACUGGUGUCGUGGUAAUGUGCCUCACAAGUCAUUCACGACGAGAAGAAUGACAAGAAGAAGAAUUUGCCUCCCGUGUAGCUAACUAUUUGCCUAGCUUCUUCUAGGUUUUCUUUUAUUACUUCUCUUCCUUCUUUGUAUUUCCCAGCAGCCUGGUUGCACUGUGGAACUGUGCUGCCCCUCACAGGUCAGUCUUGAUACUACAACAGACCUCUCACAUUUCAAGAAUCAGUAAAGAUGUAAAAAAUCGGUAUGUGUAACCCCGUGUAAGUCACUAACUGUAGGCCUAUUUUUGGACAGGAUUUAUUGUGCAGUUAUAAUGCCUGCCCCAACGAUGGUCUCAGAGAUAUGAGUUACAACUAGAUUACCCAAAUUCAGAGUCAACAGAUGUUUUGAAAAUGUAUUUUGUUUCCUCAGUUGACAAACAGCUAGAAAUGUGCACUGCCGCCACCCACAGGACUGGAGUGGAACAGCACAGACACAAAAGGAAAGUGCUUCAAUUGUGAGCUUUGACUUUCCCAUGCGGGUGGUUAAGUCACGGUGUGGGUUACAAUUUGAAAUCCAACAUUUCUAAAAUCGCACAGCGGAUCCCCAGUUUAAGCUGGGCCGAGAGGCAGUGGGUAUAUUUAAAGACAAGGUGAGGACAUUUAUCAGGAAGCGGACGUCAACAGAGGAGAAAGGUCAUGAGGGAAACGCCGGCUGAAUUUGUCAGUGAAGGGCAUUUAAGUACCGAUUAUUGAUUAAACUUCAGCAUAGAAGUAACGUAUUUUUUUACUUUUAGUUUCACUAUGACCUCUGGCAGCAGGUUGAGGCUGCAGUGUUGUAAAAAAAAAGGGUGAAGCUGCAGUGUGGUAAAAAACAAACCAAAAAAAAACAAGGUUGUGCAGGAUAUAGAACAAUGAAGGUCACGACUCAUUGAUUGUUUUGAGUUGCCCUCUGAGUACUAAACUCAACAACUUUUUUGCAAAAACCAGUGCAAAUACUAACUGUACUCAUUGUUUUUCCUUGCAUGAACACAAACAAAACAAGUAUUGUAGAUCCUCAUCCAAACUUUAUUGAUCGCCUGUGUCUUCCAACAGAAUGUGCGCAUAAAUAAUAGAUUUUUUAAAUCAUAAUUUAUAGCUUGAGCAUUAAACCAUCUUGACACUCCUAAAAAAAAAAAAAAAAAAAAGAUAAGAGUACACCAGCCAAGACACAAUAAAUUGACUGCAUCUAGUGCUUUUAAACAUAAAACUCUAUAAUAAUAAUAAAUAAUAUUGUGUGUAUUUACAGCAAGGACAUGCUACUAAUCACUACAAGCAAUGGCGGCAUGGAGCGAACGUCCAAGCUCAGCUUUGCGUUCCUCCUGUCACAGUCUCUAUGUGUCGGUGUGGAACUUUGUG